AUGGGAAGUACCAUCAUGUUAGAGCUAUGUGCUAUGAAGCUCACAGGUAUUAGUGGAAUCAGGCAGCAUAUUAUGAAAAUGAGAGAUCUAUCCUCUCAACUGAAAACCUUUGAGAUGGAACCAAUUGAGCAAUUUUUGGUGCAAUUAAUUCUGAACUCCCUUCCUGCACAAUUUGAUGCCUUUAAGGUGUCUUACAACACACAUAAGGAAAAAUGGUCAGUAGAUGAACUACUGUCUAUGUGUGUGCAAGAAAAAACUAGGCUGUUGAUGAGUGGAAAGGGUGCAUCAAAAGAAGCUCAUCUGGGAGAAAGUUCCAAUAAGGGUGGCAAUAGGAAGGGAAAUAAGGAUGAUAAGAAGAAGAAGAAGAAGAAGAAGAAGAAAAGAAUCCCUCCUGCUACUGCCUCAAAUAAGAAGGAUGCCAGAUGCUUCUUUUGCAAGAAGAAGGGCAUAUGA